AUGAGCCGGUCAAGGCACGUGGGCAAGAUCCGGAAACGUCUGGAAGAUGUCAAGAACCAGUGGAUCCGGCCAGCCAGAGCUGACUUUAGCGACAAUGAGAGUGCCCGGCUGGCCACAGACGCCCUCUUGGAUGGGGGUCCUGAGGCUUAUUGGCACACUCUCAACCAGGAAGGAGAGGUAGACUUCCUGUCCUCGGCGGAGGCCCAGUACAUCCAGGCCCAGGCCAAGGAGCCCCCCAGUGGCCCAGAUCCAGCAGGAGGGGCUGAGGCGGGUUCCAGAGGACUCGACUCCUGCUCUGUACAGUCAGGAACCUACUUCCCCGUGACUUCGGAAGGCAGCGAACCGGCUCUGCUGCACAACUGGACCUUGGCUGAGAAGCCCUACCUGAAGGAAAAGUCCAGCGCCACCGUGUACUUCCAAACGGACAAGCACAACAACAUCAGAGAUUUGGUCCGCCGCUGCAUCGCCCGGGCCAGCCAGGUCCUGGCCAUCCUGAUGGAUGUGUUUACAGACGUGGAGAUCUUCUGUGACAUCCUAGAGGCAGCCAACAAGCGAGGGGUGUUCGUCUGUGUGCUGCUGGACCAGGGAGGAGUGAGGCUCUUCCAGGAGAUGUGUGAUAAAGUCCAGAUCUCUGAUACUCAUCUCAAGAACAUUUCCAUCCGGAGUGUGGAAGGGGGGGUGUAUUGUGCCAAGUCAGGCAGGAAAUUUGCCGGCCAAAUCCAAGAGAAGUUCAUCAUCUCAGACUGGAGAUUUGUCUUAUCCGGAUCAUACAGUUUCUCUUGGCUCUGUGGACACGUGCACAGGAACAUCCUCUCCAAGUUCACCGGCCAGGCUGUGGAGCUGUUUGAUGAAGAGUUCCGACGCCUCUACGCCUCCUCCAAGCCUGUGAUGGGCCUGAAGUCCCCAAGGCUAGUGGCCCCGCUCCAGCCCAGCAAGGGUCCGGGAGCCACCAAUGGUCGCCUCAGUGGAAGCAGCGGCUCUGCCAGUGACCGCACCUCUUCCAACCCCUUCAGUAGUAGCCUGUCGGCCGGCAGCAAUCCCCUCAACCAGAGUCUGUCCGUAUCCUCAGGGCCAGCCAACCCCCUGGCCCCCAUCCCACCUGUGGCUCCAAGGCUUCAACCCUAUCACAGUCCCCGGAGAGUCGUGGCCCCACAGGCCUUCUUGGUCCCCAUGAGGCCCCAUGAAGGAGCACCUGUUCCCUACAGCACCUUCAUGGCCUAUAGACCCACGCGGUUGCAGCUGCAGCAGCUUGGCCUGGUACCCAGGGUUACUCACCCCUGGGGGCCUUUUCUACAGGCCUUGCCUCAUUUUUGA